GCUUGAACGCUUGCACAUGACUGCGUAUGUACGUUGAAUAUCACUUGAAGAGUGUUCGAAGCAUACGCGUUGAUAUUCAAUGUGACAGGAACAAAAGUCACAAUGAGGAAGAUGAUUUGUUGUACUAAUGGGCGAACUACAUUCCAGUGAAUGCCUAACAGCCGUACGUACGGGGUACUCUUUAGUCGCUAGGCGGCGCAUCGCGAUCCACGAACGCGGUGUUUUUGCUGCUGUUCAGUGGUGUGGUGGAGGUAUGUCUCAAGAAAUCAGUUGAUGUUAACGAUAGUUAGCAUGCAGAUACACUCUCAUUUCUAACGUACGCAAUGUCAGCUUCUUCCACGUUGCGAGGCGCUCUCAAGAGCUUGUUUACGAAACAUCUGCUCGUCACCAACGUCGUACUGGGCACAGGUUUCAUGUGUGUCGGAGAUGGACUUCAACAAAGCUUCGAAAUAUACAGAGGAAAAGAAGCAGGCUAUGAUUGGGCGAGGGCAAGAAAUAUGCUAAUAAUAGGAGCAGCGUUUGGACUUGGCGGUCACAAGUGGUACGAGUUCUUGGACCGGAAGUUUCCGGGCAAGUCUUUGUCCAUGGUUGGGAAGAAACUUGCGUGCGAGUUUGCCCUGUGUCCACCCCUGGCGUUCACGCUGUUUGUGGGCAACGGAUUGUUGAGCAACAAAUCUUUUCAACAGAGUGUCAAGGAGUUCAAGGACAACAUCUACCUCUUUUGCAUUGCAGACUGGGGCUGCUUUGUGCCAGCGCAGGCAAUAAACUUUUACUACCUUCCACCUCGGUACCGCUUCCUGUACGUGGCUGUGAGCACCAUGAUAUACGACAUAUUCCUUUCCUUCAUACUGCAUAGGAAAGUAGAGGAGAAACAGCCGAGCAUACUGCAUUCCAGCAAAGCGCGCUCUGAAUGAGGUUGUGGCUGCCUGAAUGGUACUGAGGCUGGGGGACUUUGAGGCUGUGGCUGUGCCUGUGGAGGGAAGUGCUGCUGCUGCUGCUGCUGCUGAGGCUGUGGCUGGCUGCGUCCUCCAGAUGGUAGGGUGAAUGGGUCGCCCAGCACAUAACCAUCGGGGUAGUAACGUUGGGCGUACAGGACAGUGUUGUUGGGUCCACGGUUUUCCAGUUCCUGGGCAAGAAAUUGAACUUUUUAGGCAGGAUAAGGUUGCCAAGUUAUUUAAUUUAUGAAUGAGUCGAAGGUGGGUGUCAAGAAACAGGCGCACUUGCUUGGCACGACGCCAAGUGUCGUACAUUGUGACGCGUGACCCAUUCAUCACUGAAAUUGUGGACUUGCGCACUCACAUUUUAAUAUUAUUACAAAUUCUGUCAUUGUUAAAGACAGUACACAUGCCACAGAUAUAUGUAACAAAGCGUUGCUUUACAAACGCUGGGCUGUUUGUGAAUAGCUUCAGGUUUCGACACAUUUCAUAGAGUUCACUGAUUUUGUCACUGGAGUAAUUUUUGGUAACUUUACAGAUCUGCAGCCCCUGAAGUCUGGACCAUGCUGCAUUAAAUAAGGAAACAAAUUGUUGUAUAUUUAUGCCCUGUAGCAGGUGCACAAAUUAUAAGUGGAUAUGAGCAAUAAUAAUGAAAGUCUGUUUUCA